AUGGCACCACCGAUCUACGUGAAAGGAGGGGCAUGGACCAACAUCGAGGACCAGAUCCUCAAGGCGGCAGUGUCCAAGUAUGGACUUAAUCAGUGGUCGCGGGUUGCGCUGUUGUUGACCAAGAAGCUGGCCAAACAGGCCAAGGCCCGCUGGAACGAGUGGUUGAACCCAGCGGUGGCGCGUGGCGAGUGGUCACAGCUCGAGGACGACAAGUUGUUGAGCAUGGCGCGGUUGAUGCCCAACCAGUGGCGGACUAUUGCGCCAGCGAUGGGCCGGACCGCCACUCAGUGUGUGGAGCGGUACCAACGGUUGUUGGACGGGGCGCUAGGCGCUACAGGGAGUGCUGACGACGACCUAGGCCUCAGUGGUCCAGGCAUGGAGGCCAUGCCUGCGGCAGGUCCCCAGGCGGGAGAUAUCAACGUCAACCCCGAAAGCAAGCCUGCCAGACCCGACUUGGAUGACAUGGACGAGGACGACCGUGAGAUGCUCGCAGAGGCCAAAGCACGGCUUGCCAACACCCAGGGCAAGAAGGCCAAGCGGAAGGCCAGGGAACGAAUGCUUGUUGAGAGCAAGCGCAUUGCGUUGUUGCAAAAGCGACGCGAGCUCAAGGCUGCUGGAAUCAACAUCAGCCUUGAGAGCAGGAAGAAGAAGAAGGAGUUCGACUACAACGCCGAUAUCCCGCACGAACGAGCACCUCUAGCCGGGUUGUACGACGUCUCGGAAGAAACGGCGGCAAACGAGCUCGAACGAGGCAAGUUUAGCACCGAGGUGGCCAGGCACGGAAUGGACAUGAAGGAGGUGGACGACAAACACAGAAAAGACAAAAGGUCUGAAACAGAAGAUGCGCAGAGAAAGGCCAAGCAGAGCAUUAAGGAGAUCGAGGCCGCUGCCGAACUCUAUACCGACUUCGAACAGGAAAACUUGAAGAAGAGAAAGUUGGAACUUCCUGAGCCGGAGGACAGCAAACGAGCUAGAGCUAAAUCAGAAAAUUUGGAAGCCCAGGUUGAUUUAGAUACCCAGAUUUUGAGCAAGGCCAAAGAGCUCAUUGCCCAACAGGCGACCAAGUCGACGCUUUUAAUUGAUGAUAGUACACCUAUUAACAAGCAAAGCACCUCCAGUCCCCACAAAUCUAAGGAUGCCGCAAAAGAAGCAAAAAGAGCGGUUGCAAAGGCAAAAAGUGCACUCGUUGCUACAUUAAAAUCCCGUUUCAGUCUGCUCCCAAAGCCCCAUAACGAGCAGGGAGUUAUCAUUCCAAGCUUUGAAUCUAAGGAAGAGGUUUUAAAAUUGGACACAGACGAUGUCCCUUCUGCCGAUGAAGGUGAACGCUUACGAAACCUUGAGAUUUUGAGGCAAUUAGACGAGGAGAAAUCCAAGUCGAGAAGGUCACAAGUAGUCCAACAGGGCCUUCAAAUUCCGAAUCCUGCAUUAUUAGACAAAGUUCAGGAACCAAAAUCACAACUUGGAAAACUUAUUCAUAAAGAGCUACUUGAUUUAAUACGGUCAGAUUAUAGAAAGUACCAGGACCAGCUGUUUAAAGGUAAGUUGGUUGAGGAUUUAGAUGAAGAGAUUCACGAGCUAGUGACCAAUGAGAUCGCAAAGGAACUAACCCAGAUGAACACGGAUCAGCUACACUCUGGGGUUAACUCUAGCUCAGUGAUGUCUUAUAAACUUCCAGAAUCUUUUGAGAUCGCUGAGAAAGGCAUCGCCAAACUUCACAAAUACCACCAGAAGGCAGUAUCCAAAGAAAAUAAAUUAUUCCAGAGUAUCAACUACGAUGGGUAUGAACAGAAGAAGUUGAACCUUAUUUCUGAGAUUCACAACGAGUUCAACGAGCUUUCCAACGCGGAAAUCGAGCUUUCAGUGGUUUCGGAUUCGGCCCAAAGAGAAGAAAUCGCGAUGGUAAACCGAAGCACGAAGAUGAAAGCGAUGGUAGACCGCUUGACGGAAGUGGAGCACCGUAUCGAGGAAAAGAUCAGGCUGGCCAAAGUCAGCUAG